AUGACCAGGGACCUGAUGAUUCAGGUACCCGGCCCAGACAUAGCAGCCAAGGCCGACGCUUUGGCUGCCAAGAUGGAGGGAGUCCUCGCAGGGACGGGAAUAAAGAUCCGUCGGCCCUCGCGUCCCGGAAAUGUCCGGAUGCGGGGCAUUGACGACACUGUCUCUCGCGAGGAAGUACUAGCGGCGCUCGCCUCGGCGAGCAAGUGUCCGGAGGGAGAGGUUCGCUUGGGCGAACUUUGGGCUCUUCCUUCCGGACUCAAGACGGCCUGGGUCCAGUGCCCAAUCUCGGCGACCAAGCGGCUGGUCGCCGCCAAGACGGUGCCGAUGGGGUGGGUGCUAGCGCAAGUGGAGGCGCUGAAAGCCCGCCCCCUCCGGUGCUACAGGUGCCUGCGCGCGGGACAUGUGGACAGUUCUGUCCUGCCUCUGAAAAGGACCGCUCGGAGAUUUGCUUCUGAUGCGGUCUGA